UUCCGAGAAUCAAUAAAGUUCAAAUUCAGUUGAGGUCAAAUCUGUAUUCACAUGUGAAGUGGGAAAGAGAAAGAACAGCCUGUGAACCAACUGAUUCCAUCAUUAUAUUCAGAGGAUUUUCGAACCAAACACUAAAGAUGUAUACCAUCACGAGCAACCAAAUUGAGUACUAUUCGGAUGAAUUCAAAACAGAAGAAGGAAUGGAAGAAGUGUUCAUUGUGUUCAACAAACAUGGAAACCGUUUCUCUCUACCGACGAUGG